GAAGGAAAAAAGAAACUAAAAUCAGGCGGAGGCGGAGAAAACACAGUGACAGCACAUUACUUCCAAAACAGAGUGUAUGUCUGCCGUGACCCGGGAUUUUAGGGGGUGCCCGUUAAGAAUCGCCCCUUUCUCCAACCCAAGUCUCUCUUCUCCUCUGACACGGACUCUUCUGCUUGGUUGUAGGAGAGAAGAAGGAAUAAGAGGAUUCGUUCAGCAGCGCCUGCGAUCUGCGGCUGCUGCUUCUGUGGAGAUUUGUUUUGUUCCUGGGGGAUGUUGGUUUCCAGAACUCGACUUGUGCAUGUUGCUCUUUUAAUUUGAUUCCAAAUUUUGGUCUGCUGGUUGCUUGCUUUGCAAGAGAAGGAAAGGGGAGCCUGGCUUCGGUGUUAAAAGUUGCAAUUAUUAUUUUGCAGCUAACAUGUGCACCAACAUAGUCUAUGAGUGGCUGAAGACCCUGCAGCUUUCCCAGUACGCGGAGUCCUUCGUAGAUAAUGGCUAUGAUGACCUGGAGGUUUGCAAGCAAAUAGGGGACCCGGACCUGGAUGCCAUUGGGGUGUUGGUGCGCCACCACAGGCGCCGAAUCCUUGAAGCAGUGAUGAGGUUGAAAGAGGAGGGCGAGACCGCUGCUGGUCUCUAUUUCACCUUGGAGCCUCAGCAGCAGCAGGGCUCGCCCUCUCCCUCCCCAGAGAUCUACUCUAGCCACCUGGUGGAGCAGUAUGAGACUAAGGCUUGGAGGGAGCCUAGCCCUCACCAUCGUCAAGGGAACCAGGGGACCCCCAGGAGCCACAAACUUGGGCCCCGCAGCAGGGAGCUGAUGAUUUACCCAAAACUGAAACUGAAAAUCAUGAUUAGGGAUAAACUUAUCCGGGAUGGGAUCAACCUGAGCAAGCCCCCUUACUCCAACAAGGUGAAGUAUGUAUCUGCACAUCAAUAGAGAUAAAGAAUCUGGAUGAUAUUUCUUUUGAUUCUGAACAAAGAAAAUUAGCCUCAAAUUAAAAGUAGCAGUCAUGACUACUUGACAUAAUUUAAUAUGACUUGCUUUAAGAAGAGCGAAUUUUGAAUUCAAGCCAUCUGCCUCGGGUGAUUUCAGACAUGCAGGUCUAUCACUAACCAUAUUGUGGA